CCGGUUGGGGAUUAAUCCCUCCUCCCUCCUCCUCCCUCCUGCUCGCACCACAGAAACAAAUGUUUCAUUCUCUCGUUGAGCAUCAACACUCAGUAAAAAACAGCGUUUCUCUCUAAUGCAGCAGAACAGAGAGAAGCUGUAUGAUGUGAUGUAAUAAUAAAGAUGAUGAGAUGACAGGAAGAGAAGCAGAAGCAGCCAUUGGACGGAACACAAAGGUAACAACCAGACUCUCUCUUUAUUAUUAGAGCUUUACAGGAGCUGUGACCAGACUGUUGUCUGCAGACAGACACAUGAGGGAACUGUUGACUGAUGAAAUCGAUUUUUGUACUUUUUUCUGGAAGAGGAGAGGAUGGGGGAAACUAAAACCAAACGCGGCUGUGCGAGGAGGCGGUUUAUUACUGAAGCGUUCUAGUGCCAGCAGGAUGCCUUCAGGUCGUGGUGAUGGUGGUGAUGGAAGUGAAAUGCUUCGCGUUUAACAGGCCGGAUCCUGCAGCAGUAACCGUCUUUAUUUCACCUGCUCGACGCUGAAACCCGAUGACUGCAUAGAUGCUCUGCAGCUGGCACUGAGAGGACCCGUGUUACUGUCUGUGUGUCUGCAGCAGCAGCAGCAGCAUCAGCACCGCGGACAGCGACACCAUGACGCGGCUCCGCAGGAAGGCUCUGGUGGCUCUCUUCCUCUUCACGCUCUUCAUCUUCGGAGCCAUGAUGGGGCUCCGGACUCUGAAGCCCAGCGACGGCUUCUCGGACCUGGCCCCCGGUAUGGACUUCAUCGGGGACAGAUCCGCCGACAGGAGGCGGCUAGACGUGAAGGACGCGGUGGUUGUGUCGCCGGGCCAGUUCCACAUGGGCAGCAGCAGCGACACCAAGGUGGUUUUCACCAGAUCCGACCGAGACUACAGCAUCUUCUACGACGUGCACAUCUUCUACUACCUGUGGUACGGCUCUCCCAGCAUGGACAACAAGUACAUCCACUGGGAUCACGUGCUGGUGCCGCACUGGGACCCCAAGAUCGCAGCCAGUCAUGCCCAAGGAAGGCACACACCUCCGGAUGAUGUUGCCUCCAGUUUCUACCCGGAGCUGGGACCCUACAGCUCCAGAGACCCCACGGUGCUGGAGGCACACAUGGCCCAGAUAGAGGCGGCUGCAGCAGGGGUGCUGGUUUUGUCCUGGUAUCCUCCCGGGGUGGCAGACGACCACGGGGAGCCCACCGAGGACCUGGUUCCUGCUGUCAUGGACGCCGCCCACAGGCACAGCAUCAAGGUGGCCUUUCACAUACAGCCAUACAAAGGACGGACGGACCAGAGCAUGCAUGACAACAUCAAAUACAUUAUUGACAAGUAUGGAAAGCACGGCGCCUUCUACAGAUUCCGGUCCAGCACCGGGCGAGUCCUGCCUCUAUUUUACGUCUAUGACUCCUACCUGACGCCGCCAGAGUCCUGGUCGGAGCUUCUGACCGCUAAAGGCUCCCACAGCAUCAGAGGCACGCCUUACGACGGCGUUUUCGUCGCCCUCAUCGUGGAGGAGCGCCACAAGCACGACAUCCUAGCCAGCGGCUUUGAUGGUAUAUACACCUAUUUCGCCUCCAACGGCUUCUCCUUCGGCUCCUCCCACCAGAACUGGAAAGCCGUCAAGUCCUUCUGCGACGGGAACAAUCUGCUGUUUAUUCCCAGCGUCGGCCCGGGGUACGUGGACACGGCUGUUCGGCCGUGGAACAACCACAACACCAGGAACCGGGUUAACGGACGCUACUACGACACGUCCUUGCAGGCGGCCUUGUCCGUCAGACCGGAAAUCGUCACCAUUACUUCCUUUAACCAAUGGCAUGAAGGCACACAGAUAGAGAAGGCCGUACCCAAGAAAACAGUGACCCGUUUGUACCUGGACUACCAACCCAACCAGUCAGACCACUACUUGGAGCUGACACGCCAGUGGGCCGAGAAUUUCAACAAGGAGAAGGACAAGUGGCUGAUGUGAACGUGGCUUUAUUUCCCUGGUAGACGCUCUGAGCGUGACCAGAAAUGACAUUAGGUCAGCUCCUACUGUUAAAAGACAAACCCUUUAUGUUCAUCAACCUAACUCCUGAUGAGAUUUUCUCUAAAUGUUCCCUCUUACUGUUUUUAAUCACUAACAUGUUUUGUACAGGUUAAUAAUGUCACUGAUAUGUUGAAGCUACACAAUCAUGGACAGAUGAUCGUUUCCUGUUCGGUAUCUGUUUGCAACAUCAAGAACGUGCGUCUAUGUACAGGAACUCUACUCUCUAGGGUCUUUUUUCUUAUUUUCCUAUGAUGAACGACUGUUCUUUCCUGUAUUUCUUUGAAGACAAAAUUAAAAUUUGUGUCUGCUUAC